AUGUUCACUAUGAAUGAAGCCAUUGAAAGUUUCUCAACACCAGCACAAUUACAUUUUCUGUUCACUCAACUAAUUUUAGAUAGUGCCCCUGCACUUGAUAUUUGGCAAAAAUUUAACUCAAACCUCUCUGAUAAUAUACAUAGUAAUUAUUCAGAUACUAUUGAUAUCACACUUCAACAAAUAGCCUCUAUACUUGCUGAACAUA